AUGGGUCUUUUUGCUCUUUUGUAUUCUACAGCUGAGCUUGAACGGGUUAAGCCAGCGCAUAAAAUGUGGCUGCAAUCCAUUGGUCUCAAGCUUGCAAGAUCAAACCAAAGCCAAGUGGUACUGACGCGGGUCAGUUUCGGUCUGUCUGGAAACUUCAGCUGCGAGGUGACAGCUGACGCGCCUUCCUUUGCCACGUCUAUUGUUUCUAACACUAUGGAUGUAGUUGUGCUUCCAGCAUCUUCACCAAUGAUUCACACCAGCCAGCACUACUACAUGCCUGGUGAUAUUCUUCGAGGCAACUGCUCGUCAGGUCCAAGUCGACCUCCUGCCGAGUUAACAUUUUUCAUCAAUGAUAUACCGGUGACACCAGGUCUCCAUAACUCCCAGACAGCGAGCGAUGGUCUUUUCUUUUCGGAGUUGUUCGUGCAGGUCCAUCUCUGGCCAGCACAUUAUGAGAGGGGAGCCCCAAUUCUCCGUUGUGAAGCCAAAGUUGCAGAUUUGUAUAGAGAGAACUCAGCUGUUGCGCUGUACUCUGCUAAUAGUGACCCUAAGAUAGAAAGAGUGGACCAUGCGGCAGGAAAUGCAAUAAGAUUAAUUGAGGGGUCAUUGAGACUGUGUUAUGGCCUCAGGGGUCAUUUGCAAAGACAAUUUCCUUUGGGCCACAGUGAAUCGUUAUUUAGUCUUGUGAUGAGAUUGAUCGGGUUAUAG